AUGGGCUUCGACAAGCAAGGCGCCGUUUCGGUCUUCGAGCUAGUCAUCUACUUCCCCGCCAUAAUCGUCGCAGCCAUCGUCUGCAGCCGUCACGGCUUCGGCCGCAGCUCCGGCUGGAUCUACACCCUCAUCCUUUGUCUCGUCCGCAUCAUCGGCGCAUGCUGCCAACUCGCAACAUAUGCCAACAAAACCAGCACCGGUCUCAUUGAGGCCGUCGUGAUCCUGGACUCCGUGGGGAUGUCCCCGCUACUCCUCGCAACCCUCGGACUACUUUCCCGAUGUGCGGAUACAAUCAACUCCACCAAGGGCAGCACCUUCAGCGCCAUCCACUUUCGCCUCCUGCAGCUCCUCAUCACCAUCGGCCUGAUCCUCUGCAUCGUCGGCGGCACCUCUAGCACCUCCUCCGACGGUACCUACCACGUGCAGUCCGAGACCAAGAUCGGCGAGAUCCUCUACGUCGUCGCCUUAGCCGCACUCUACAUCGUCGCCUUCAUCACAAAGAGCAAGAUGCACAACGCGCCCAGCUCCGACAACCGCCUCGCGUGGGCCGUCAUCAUUGCGCUGCCCCUCAUCACAGUCCGCCUGCUCUACUCGCUCAUCUCGGUGUUUACGCACGACAAGCACUUCAGCUUGCUCACGGGCUCCGUCAUCAUCCAUGUCUUCAUGGCUGUCCUUGAGGAAAUGGUCGUUGUGGUCAUCUAUCUGGCUUUCGGCUGGGCUACGCCAGUGCUUGCGGCUGAGGCGCGCGGCCCCAUUGCCAACAGGCCGUGGAAGGGCAACCUUUCCCCCGCCGGCCAGGCUCAGCACGGAAACGGUCACGGACGCGGACGGAGACAGGGCCCUAUCCACCAGUUGGUUGGCGCCGGUAUUGCUGCUGCGCAAUCCAGGAGCCAGCCGAGACAGCAGCAGGGUGUGUAG